CAUGACUCCUUAGCAAAAACGUUUGACAUUAUAGAAUCUAUAUUUUCUACCUUUUUCUUCUUUCAGACACAAAUUGCUCAAAUGCUUGUGAAUAAGGCCAAAGUGGAUCAGGAGAGUAUUGUUGUUCUGUCUCCUUAUAACGCCCAAGUAGCUGAGAUCAAGGAAGAGCUGAAGAAAAUAAAACUGGAGAAAGUAACAGUGACCACCAUCUCAAAAAGCCAAGGGAGCGAGUGGCGCUACGUGAUUGUCUCCACGGUCAUCUCCGUUCCCAGCACUGAGCUUGAAAUAGAGCAUGACGGCGCCUGGAUGUCCAAACAUGUCGGCUUUGUAGGAGACCCCCACCAGAUAAACGUAGCCAUUACCAGAGCCAAGGAGGGACUGUGCAUCAUUGGGAACCAAGGACUACUCAGACUCAGUAAGACAUGGUGCCAACUGCUGAAACACUAUACUCGCCACAACGCAGUGACAGAUGCUGAGAAGAUCUCUGUUCUCCACUGAUGAACAGUUUCGCUCAGACGGAUGGAGCUGUCAGCAUUUUUGCCGCCUUACUCACAUUCCUGUUCUGGUUGAGGAAUUUCUUUGAAGAACCUAAAGACUCAGAUUGACCUCACGUUCAAUCAGAACAUUUAUGCAGCAAAAGCAUCUCAGGAAAUAAACAGGUCCACUCUUAUCCACUUCUAUUGAAGUCCGUCCUAAAUCUUCUCUGAAUUGAUUCAUCAGUUUUAUUGAGAUGAUCUCAGGUUCGUUAGGAUUAAAGGAAUCGGUGCUGUAUUUACCAUUAAGUUCAGGACCCUUACAUGAAAUUAUAAAUAGGGACUACAAAAUUAUUUUACCAUCAACAAUUAUUGUUUCCUUUGGUCUCAUUAAAUUGAUCUAACCAGCAUGUUUAAUGUUUCAAUUUUUAAGAAAUUGGUAAGAAAUAUGAUUGUAGAAAGUUCAUCUCAGCUACCAUUGGGGAAGAGGAGCACUGAUAUUAAACCUUUACCUUUUCAGAUGUGUGCUUUGACUGACCCAGAUUCCAAAGAGCUGAACUUGUGUGAAACAUCUUUCUGUUAUGAUUUUAACAUUUUGCAAUGAGAUUGAUCUUUUUUUUUACUCAUAAUAAAGUUUGUUGCGUUUAGGAGCUCAGGUUAUAAUUUGACUUAUACUUUGUACACAUGAAAGAGUCUGUUUCUCAACUGAUUUCACCUUUUCUUUUUCCAGGGAAACAAAAAGGGUAACUGAUAAAUGUAUUUUUUUCCAACUAGGAUGUGAUUCCAGGGCUCUAUUUAUUGGCAACAUAUUUAAGGUAUCAUCUUUUCCAUUAUUUUUCCAGCUAUUGUAAUCAAUUAUCACUGGCUUGAUUAAAGAUGUGCAUUUUUGAUAUUUUUUAAUUAAUAGUUACUUUUAAGUUUCUUAGUUAUUAGUUUUCUUUACAUAUAUUCAUUAAUUUGGCCUUUUUUUCAUUGAUUACAAAAGGAUAAUUUCCUUUUAUAAUCCAAAGGGUGGAACUGUGGUCGGUAAAUUUCGAUCGCUCUUAUUUCAUAUAUUGAGAUAUGCCAUUUACCCACCAAAAAAUGUUUUUACUCAGUCUGUUUCACCUGCAAGGCCACAAAAUGUCUGAGUGAGAAGUGUUUUGCAUACAAGGAAUACUUAAUACAUAAUAAGCCAAAUUCUUUC